AUGUUCGGGCAACUGCUUAGUCUCGUUAUCUGUUCCCUUUUGGUGCUGCCCUCAUCCACGCUCGCCCUCGUAGUCAACCGCGCAGUUUCUGGCUUCCCCGAUCCCCUAGUCGACUCCUUCUACUCACAGCCAGACAAUAUCUCCUCGUACUCGCUAGGUCAGAUCAUCGCCCAGCGAUCCACCGUCUCGACCUUCACAGGUGCUUCAACCAACCUCUACAAGUCCUACCAACUCAAGUUCCGCAGUCAAAAUUCCCAAGAUGAGCCCAUUGCAGCCAUCACUACUGUUCUGGUGCCCAAAACCAAGACGCUCACCGGUGGAGUGCCGAACAUGCUCAGCUUCCAGAACUUUGAAGACUCGGUGUCUUUCUCGUGCUCACCAAGCUGGGCAUACGUGGCCAACUCUGGAAGUCAAGCGGCCCUCUUGGCAAACCUCGAGGCGCCUAUUGUCAAUGGUUGGGCUCUCAACCAAGGCUAUUAUGUCGUUAUUCCUGAUCACGAGGGUCCUACGUCGUCUUUCAUUGCAGGCCGGAACGCAGGUCACAUUGUCCUCGACUCUAUCCGGGCCGCCAUCAAGGCAGAGUCCCUCUCUUCCAAGACGCGCAUCGGAAUGUACGGUUACAGUGGAGGUGCCAAUGCCGGUGUCUUUGCUUCUUCGCUCGCUCCAGGGUACGCUCCGGAGCUCAACGUAGUAGGAGUAAGUCUGGGAGGUACGCCCGUGUCGCCAAAGGACACCUUCUACUUCCUCAACGGUGGCGGAGCUUCUGGCCUCGCCGGAGCGGGAGCCGUGGGUCUUGCCUCUGCCCAUCCAGAGGCAAAGGCCUACCUCGACUCCAUCCUCACCGCCGAGGGAAACGCCACUUUUGCAAAGCUCACCGCCGAUGGUACUUGCGUCAACACCGUCACCAGCAGCGAAUUCAGCAACGUCAAUUACUUCGACCUAGUCUCGCCAAAGCAGGACUUCUUGGGCGCUGCGCCCAUCAGCAAGGCACUCGCUCUUGAAACGGUCAUCCAAGCCGAGGCAUCGUACACUGUACCUGUGCCAACACACCCCGUUCUCAUGUACCAUGCUUUGACCGACGAGCUGGUGCCCUUCAACAGCUCACAAGCCUACGUUGAUGAGCAAUGCAAAAAAGGAGCCGACAUCCGUCGCGUCAUCUUCCUCCUCGGCGAGCACAUCACCACGGAAAUCUUGGGAAUCCCGUCGGCCUUGGACUUCCUGGGCAAGGCCUUCGCGGGCACACUCAGCAAUGUCAUCUGCGGCACUACGAUCCCGAAGAUCGACUUGGGAACCUCAGCAUCGACCAAGAUCGUUGGUUCGGCCAAUGACAAGGCUCUGCAGUCGCAGGCAAGCGCCGCGUCCAGCUGA